AUGGUUUUUUCUAAAAUCAUAAACCAACUUGCCAACCCCACGGGAGGGUUACCCGGUGGGUUUGGGGGUGGAAGAAGACGUCAUUUAUUCAUACCACCAUCCACAAAAACCCCAAUGUUCAUAUAUGGUGAUGGGGACCAACGAUCAUUUCUAUCUUUAAUUGAAGAGUCCGAAGGUGGAGGCGGUUCUGAUGUUGCUAGUGUGAGUACUUCACGGUCGCUUCCAUCGACCCUUAGCUCUGCUCAUACGACGGAAGACCAAGAAUCGUUCCAUAGCUGGCUUUUGGAAGAAAAUCAACGUCGUUACUCUGCUGCGAACUCUCCAGAUUCCGAUGAGUAUGAUAGUCCAAGGAGAAGAUCAUUUGCCUCUUCCAAAAGAUCCACCAUGAUGUCGAUCUCUUCGUCAUUCAAUGAAUGGGAAGAUUAUGAACAUCUAAAGUCAACCUAUACAAUUGAGUUUUCAAUGCUUUUCCGUUACUCAAUCCCACUUAUUUUAGCAUUUCUUUUAGAGCAUUUUUUCUCAUUAGUCUGUAUGUUGGUAGUUGGACAUUUAGGUAAGACAGAAUUGGCUGCUGUCUCAUUGGCAUCCAUGACAUCCACUAUUACAUUUGGGAUCUUUGAUGGUAUCUCAACCUCGUUAGAUACUCUUUGUCCUCAAGCAUAUGGAGCUGGAAACUAUGAACUUGUCAGUAGCCAUGUACAAAGGUGCUUCAUGUUUGAAAUGGCUGUUUUCCUUCCUUGUGGACUUGCCUGGUGGUUUUCGGCCAAUAUUCUUCAGUAUGUCAUCGAAGAAGAAGAUGUAUUACAUCUCACUUCACUUUUCCUCAGAAUACUUAUUGCUGGUGCUCCAGCUUAUAUAUUUUUCACAUGUGCUCAAAGAUAUCUUCAAGCUCAAGGGAUUUUUGAAGCUAGUACUGGUGUUCUUUUCGUUACUGCACCUAUCAAUAUAUUCUUAUCUUGGUUUCUUGUUUGGAAUGAAACUUACGGACUUGGAUAUAUUGGUGCACCAAUUGCUACAGUCAUAAAUUUUUGGCUUAUGACCAUAUUUUUAAUAUUGUAUGUUGUUUAUAUAGAUGGGAAAAGAUGUUGGUUUGGUUUAAUCCCAAUUCUGCAAAUGUUUAGUCAAUGGCGUGAACUCUCUCAAUUAGCUAUCCCUGGUGUUAUUAUGAUUGAAUCAGAGUCUUUAGCUUACGAAAUUAUUACUUUGUUUGCCACAUACUUUGGAACAUCUGCAUUGGCAGCUCAAAGUGCAGUUCUGAGUAUAGCCGCGUUAGCCUAUAUGGUUCCAUUUGCGGUUGGAACUGCUUCCCUGACAAGAAUUGCCAAUUUUAUUGGUGGACAAAACAUUCAUUCUGCUAAAAUAGCCACAAGAGUUGGUUUAUUAUGUUCAGUUGUGAUUGCGUGCAUGAAUUGUGUCAUAUUGUUUACAUUCAGAACCCAAAUUGCUGGAAUGUUUACCAAAUCUGAGGAUGUUGCCGCCCUUAUUAUUGGAUUGAUUGACCCAUUGGUUGCCUUAAUUCAAAUAGUAGAUGGGGUAGCAGCAGUCGCUUCUGGGAUUUUAAGAGCUUUGGGAUUACAAAAAAUUGGAGGAAUCAUUAAUUUCUUCUUCUACUAUGCCAUUGGAAUUCCAAUCUCAUUGGUACUUAGUCGCUACUAUGAUUUUGAAUUAAGAGGUUUAUGGAUUGGGAUUGGACUCGGUAUGGCAUUGAUUGCAAUUACUGAGAUAAUUGUGAUCAAAACAGCAGAUUGGGAAAAUAUUUUAAUUCAAUCUGGUAUCAUGAAUGGCUUAUAUGAUGAUAUAGAUAUUGAAGAAGAAUACGAAGAAGAAUAA